GAAGCAGCUCCAUCCCGCCCAGCGAACGCUGGUUCGAUAAUCUGCACAAGUGUCGAAGUAAAGUAGCUGAACAGAAAUGGAAGGAGCUGACCAUGUUGCUCCCUACAGGAUGUCGAAGUAAAGUAGCUGAACAAAAAUGGAAGGAGCUGACCAUGCUGACUCCGGCGUGCGAGGUGCAGCGCAGAUCGCGACGUUUUUUCCUUGGCUCUGAUAGGGACUUUACUUGCAAAGAUGAGAAGGCCACCCGGAAAGAGGCUGCAGCCAAGGCACUCGGACUCCAAGCUUGUUGCGGUCGCGAGUUCUUGGCAGAUUGGAGCAGAAUGUAUCGACAACGAAGGUUAGCGUCCACUUUCGCAGAUCUGCCUGAAGCGAGGAAGGCUCGGGUUUGGCAAAAUCAGUUGAACUUUGGGGUUGUGGUGGAUGUGGCAUCAGAUGUGGUGUUUGACGUGAAGGUCUCUACAGUGGAACUUUUCAUCAGCCAUUCCUCGAAGUGUCCAUCUUGGCAGAAACUUCUGGCGCUGUGUCACUACCUGAACUUGGACUUGGCCAUUUUCUCAUCAUUCCUUGCUUGCAUUUUGGGUAUGAUCUUCUGGGUUCUACGCGCUGGCAGCUUAAGUGCUGUGGCACAAGAAUUGGCCGUGCACAGCAAAACAGGCUCGGCCACUGCCGAGCUGAUUCCAAUGUGGAUACUCAUUUUUCAACUCAUUCCAGCCGCCUGUCCCAACCACUUCGCCACAGGGGACGUCUACACCUUACUGUCCAUUCUGCGAUCAGCACCUGUAGAUGCCGAUCUGAUUCUGGUCAACCAAGAUUUGGCAG